GAUGAAAGUAUUUAUUACGCAAUAGUAGUCUGUAAUUAACUUUGUCCAAAUAGUCUCUUGCGAAUUUACAAAAAUGAGAGUUUCUGAAGUAGCGCGCUCCUGUUUUAAUACACUACGGUUAAACAUUAGACCGCCUCCUAUGACCCGGUCACAUUUUACGUAUUAUCCCACAGCUGCUGGACCAGGCAAUGCUAAAAAAAUGAAUAUGUUUACCGCUAUAAAUAAUGCCAUGGAUUUGGCUCUCCAAGAAGACAGCACGGCGUUAGUGUUUGGAGAGGAUGUGGGUUUUGGUGGAGUUUUCCGUUGCUCGGUUAACCUGAGAGAUAAAUACGGAAAGGAUCGAGUUUUUAAUUCACCAUUGUGUGAGCAGGGAAUCGCAGGUUUUGCUAUCGGUGUAGCUAACGCUGGGGCAACUGCAAUUGCUGAAAUUCAAUUUGCGGAUUAUAUAUUUCCAAGUUUUGACCAGAUCGUGAAUGAAGCCGCGAAAUAUAGAUAUCGAAGCGGCGGCCUUUUCGACUGCGGUUCAUUAACUUUUCGAGUUCCGUCUGGAGCAGUGGGUCAUGGCGCACUUUACCAUUCCCAAAGUCCUGAAGCAUACUUUGCUCACACACCAGGCCUUCGCGUUGUGGUUCCCCGUGGACCGAUUAAGGCAAAGGGUCUACUGUUAGCGUGCAUUCGCGACCCAAAUCCAUGCAUAGUUUUCGAACCAAAAACAUUGUAUCGUGCAGCUGUUGAGGAUGUGCCCACAGAAUAUUACACCUCUGAGUUAGGCCAAGCCGAUAUUUUGAGGAAUGGAAAAGACGUCACACUUAUUGGCUGGGGUACACAAGUCCAUGUGCUUUUAGAAGUUGCAGAGCUGGCAAAAGAAAAGCAUAAUAUUGAUUGUGAAGUUAUUGACUUAGUGUCAGUUUUGCCUUGGGACACUAAUACCAUAUGUAAUUCUGCAAGAAAAACCGGUCGUGUUGUAAUCGCACAUGAAGCUCCGUUUACUCAAGGGUUUGGAUCUGAGAUAGCUGCAUACAUUCAAGACAAGUGUUUUUUGAACCUCGAAGCGCCUGUAAAGAGAGUGACUGGAUGGGAUACCCCCUUUCCCCACGUCUUUGAGCCAUUUUAUCUGCCAGACAAGCUGCGGUGCCUGUCAGCUGUUAAGGACAUUGUGAACUAUUAGAGACUCAGAAGCUUCAACAACAUUUCAAUCGAAACGGAUGCAUUUAUUUAUCCCUAUUUCUUUUAAUUUAAUUGCGAUGUAUGUUGUUUAAUAACACAUGUAUUUCUGCACCCCAUGUGACAAAUAAAUCGUAGCAUAUCGGCAAAUCGUA